UUUGGCUCUAAUUUUUUUUAAGAAUAGAUCUUGAGGGAGGAACCAGGCGCAGCAGCAAACCUAAAGGUUCUGAGCCAGGGUAAGCAGAGAAUUAUCCGGCGGCGCAGUCAGGUUACCAUGGCAUCUGGUACCAGCAUGGAGGCUCCCAUCUGUCUAGUGGAAAAUGAGAAUGGAGAGCUGAGGGUGAAUCCCAAAGCAGUAAACAUCCUUGAGGAGAUUACUCAGCCUGUGGUGGUGGUGGCCAUUGUGGGACUGUACCGUACAGGGAAGUCCUACCUGAUGAACCGCUUGGCAGGACAGAACCACGGCUUCAAUCUGGGCAAUACAGUGAGGUCUGAGACUAAGGGCAUCUGGAUGUGGUGUGUGCCUCACCCCACCAAGCCACAAUUCAAACUCGUGCUUCUGGAUACAGAAGGUCUAGGUGAUGUGGAAAAGGGUGACUCUAAGAAUGACUCUUGGAUCUUCGCCCUGGCCGUGCUUCUAAGCAGCACCUUUGUCUACAACAGCAUGAGCACCAUCAACCACCAGGCCCUGGAGCAGCUGCACUAUGUCACUGAACUGACAGAGCUGAUCAGGGCAAAAUCCACAUCAGGAUCUGAAGAAAUGGAUGACUCCUGUGAGUUCGUGAGUUUCUUUCCAGACUUUGUCUGGGCUGUUCGGGAUUUCGUUCUGGAGCUGAAGUUGGAUGGACGCGUCAUCACAGCAGAUGAGUACCUGGAGAAUGCCCUGAAGCUGAUUCCAGGCAGAGGUCUCAAAGCUCAACGUUCUAACAUGCCUAGGGAAUGCAUUAGGCAUUUCUUUCCAAAACGGAAGUGUUUUGUUUUUGAUCGACCUACAAAAGAAACAGAACUCUUAGUCCAUGUUGAGGAAAUGCCAGAAGACCAGUUGGAUCAAAAUUUCCAAUUGCAAUCAAAAGCAUUCUGCUCUCACAUCUUCUCCAAUGCAAAGGCCAAGACCUUGAAAGAGGGAAUCAUUGUCAAUGGAAACCGACUGGCAACUCUGGUGACGACCUAUGUGAAUUCCAUCAAUAGUGGAGCAGUUCCUUGUUUGGAGAAUGCAGUGACCACUCUGGCUGAGCGUGAGAACUCUGCAGCUGUGGAGAGGGCGGUUGACCACUACAAUAAGCAGAUGGCCCAGCGAGUGAGGCUUCCCACAGACACGCUCCAGGAGCUGCUGGAUGUGCACACAGCCUGUGAGAAGGAAGCCAUUGCUGUCUUCAUGGAGCACUCCUUCAAGGAUGAUAAUCAGCAGUUCCAGAAGAAGUUGGUGAUCACUUUAGAGAAAAGGAAGGAAGCUUUCAUGCAACAGAACGAAGCAGAAUCUCUCCGUCUCUGCCAGGCUGAGCUGGAGAAGCUGGCAGAGCCCCUGAGGGAGAGCGUCUCACGUGGAGCUUUCUCUGUUCCUGGUGGGCACAGCCUCUACUUAGAAGCCAGGAAGAAGGUUGAACAGGGCUAUGAGCAAGUGCCCAGGAAGGGAGUGAAGGCAAAUCAUGUCCUCCAGAGCUUCCUACAGUUGCAGGUUACCAUAGAGAACUCCAUCUUGCAGUCAGACAAAGCCCUCACUGAGGGACAGAAGGCCAUGGAAGCUGAGCGGGCUCAGAAGGAGGCAGCGGAACAGGAGCAGGAGCUACUGAGACAGAAGCAGGUGGAAAUGCAGCACGUGAUGGAAGCUCAAGAGAGAACCUACAAAGAAAACAUGGCCCAGCUGCAUGAGAAGAUGGAGACUGAGAGGAAGAACCUUCUGAGAGAGCAAGAGGAGAUGCUAGCACACAAGUUGAAGAUCCAAGAAGACAUGCUUAAAGAGGGAUUUAAAAGGAAAUGUGAAGCAAUGGAUUCAGAGAUAAGCCAACUACAAAGGGAGAUUCAAAAAAAUAAGGGUCAGAAUGACUCACUGGAUGCUAAACUCCGUGAAGGGUUUGGAAAUGUGUUACUUGAAGUAUUGCCUGGUGCUGGUAAGGUACUUAAUCUAGGGAUGAAAAUGCUACACAAUCGAAUGAUAAGGGCAAUGAUUCAUUAGAAAACUGUAAAUAUGGUAUCCUUAUUCCUGAGAAUUAUUUUUGAACUCUGUAUCAAUAUUAACUUCAUUUAUUAAGUUUCAAACACCAAGAACAUUGGUCACUCUCCACACUCUCUACACCAGUCCAGCCACAGACCCUUUGGUCUACAAUGGUGUCCUGCCUGCAAAAUAUGCUGGUGCAAUGUUGGAACAAAGUUUGUGGGAGUAACCAACCAAUAUCUGACUUGACUUAAGGUCCACUCCACAGCAUGAAACCCAUAACUGACACCGCUUGGGUGACUAAGAAUCAGAGGCUAGAUAGCCCAGGGAACCUACAGUAAAACCAAGUAUUACUAUUCUAUACCCUCCCAAAGGUAGCAAUAAAAUGACACCUAAUGACAUUCUGCUGUACUCAUAGAUCAGUACCUUGCUCAGCCAUCAUCAGAGAAGCUUCCUCCUGCAGCAGAUGGGAACAAAUACAGAGACCCAUUGCCAGAAAUUAUGCAGAGAGUGAGAGACUUUGGAACAGUUAGCCCUAAAUGGGGUGUCUCCAUCAAACCCAUUUACUCAGGGCUCAGGAAAACUGUCAAAGACAAGGCAGAAAGAGUGUAAGAGUCAGAGGACACCAAGAAAUCAAGGCCUCUUUGGGGCUGGAGAGAUGACUCAAAGGUUGAGAGCACUGGCUGCUUUUCCAGAGCUGCUCUUCCAGAGGACCCUGGUUCAAUUCCCAGGACCUACAUGGCAGCUCACAACUGUCUGUAACUCUGGUUCCAGGGGAUCAGACACCCUCACAUGGACAUACAUGCAAGCAAAAACACCAAUGCACAUAAAAAACAUUAAAAAUUUUUAAAAAGAAAGAAAAUAAGGCCCUGCUAAUCAACAGAAUCAAUGCACAUAGGAACUCAUAGAGACUGAGGCAAGCAUGCAGAGGGCCUGCACAAGUCUGUAACAGCUGGGAUCCUAGAACUGAAAGGAGAAGUGAAAACAUGACCCCAUCCCUAAUCCAGAAUCGACUCCAAUUGAUAACCACUUACAAGUGAAAAUUUAGUUUUCUCCAAGGGAGUUUUAUUGGGGAAACAAACUACUCCAUCCUGUGGAGUGGACCUUAAGUCACUAUCUGAAAUGGUGGAUUUGGAUGGCAGGCGAGGUGGGGAGAAAUUUGGAGGAGUAUCAGGAAGGGAAAUGGUGGUCAGAAUUAUGUGAGAAAAAAAUCCUUUUUCAAUAAAAAUAAAAUAUUUAAAAGCAAUCCAUUACAUUUUUAUAUGGUGGGUACUGUCUGCCAGCCCAUGGAUGUGUGGCAACAACAUGCCCACCCCACUGCCCACUGCCCAGAAGGCCACCACUGUGGUAAUUUUCCUUCACAGAUGGGAAUUACUGGGCAUGGAUGGGCAGAAGGCUUUGCAGGUAUCAAAAGUUCCCACAUGAAAUGCAUCUGUCCACAUGUGCCUGUUAUGCUUGUUACAUUAAAUUUGAAUACAGCUAUGCCUUCUUGGUUUGAUAUUACUGGACUUUCACCAGAUUCCCAGGAGGAUAAAUAUGGAACUAAACAGGCAGCAGAAAAUGUAAAAGCUGUGAUAAAUCGAGAGAUGAAGACUGGAAUUCCUUCUAGCAGAAUUGUUUUUAGGGGAAUUUCUCAGGGUGGUACUCGUAAUCCACCGCUCUUACCACACAGCAGAAACUGGCCAGCAACACUGCUCUCUCGGUCGCUGGCUUCCACUUUGGGAUUGGUUUCCACAGGAUCCUAUCCAGAGAGCUUACAGAGAUAUUUCUAUUCUCCAGUUCCACGAAGAUGUGACCCUUUAGUUCCCCGAAUGUUUGGUUCUCUUACUGUUGACAAACUAAAAGCAUUGGUGAAUCUAGCCAAAUAAAAUUUAAAAUCUGAAGACAUGAUGCACAGCUCAUGUCUGCAGCAAUUCAUUGAUUAAACUCCUACCUCCAAUUGAUUGAUAUCUCUAAGAGGU